UGCACGCAGCCAGGAAUGGACAGCAAGUGACCCUGGACGCUUUAUCGGUAGCCUACGUUUAAGUGCGUCUCUCCACCACUGUGCUGGCCCUGUAGAUGAAGCAUCGACACAGAUAACAAGUACAGCCAGGAGUUCCUACAUUUCUUUCUUCCUCUCUCACAGUGUCUGUAUGUUCCCCGCUGCAGCUGAUGGACAUUUCUGAACGGAAUUUACAUCGCAAGACCUAAAACGCGCGAGUCCUACACCUGUGAGCUGCUGUCGUCGCGACCAAGCACGCGCGUCUGGCCACGUCGUUUCAGAGCAAAAGAAGGGCUCGCGGUCCGAGGAUGCUCGUGCUCACGCGGAGCUGCAUGGUCACGCUGCUCCUGGCGGCGGUGCGGAUGGCAGCGACCCAGGGCGCCCAGGCGGGACCCAAAGUGAACUCCAUUAAAUCGGCUCUGCUCGGCGAGUCGCCCACCGUGGCCGCUAACCGCUCGGGCACCACGCACGCGGGAGUACCCAAGAAAAGCAACAUCCCUGUUCAGGUGCACCCCUGCAGUAGUGAUAAGGAGUGCACUGUCGGGAGUUACUGCCACAGUCCCCAUCAUGCCCCCUCACGCUGCCUCGCCUGCCGUCGCAGGAAGAAGCGUUGCCAUAGAGAUGCCAUGUGCUGCCCCGGCAACCGCUGCAGUGGCUACAUCUGUGUUCCGCUCUCUGAGAGUGUUCUGUCCCCACACAUCACACCUCUGAAGGAGCACAGCAAGCUCUCCACCAAAGACAAGGGCUGGAACAGGAGUAGAAAAGCUCAAGUCAAAGGCCAUGAGGGCGACGCAUGCCUGCGGUCGUCAGACUGUUCAGAAGGCUACUGCUGUGCGCGCCACUUCUGGUCCAAGAUCUGCAAGCCAGUCCUCCUGCAAGGUGAGGUGUGCACCAAACAGCGGAAGAAAGGCUCGCACGGCCUGGAGAUCUUUCAGCGCUGCGACUGCGCCAAGGGCCUGGCCUGCAAGGUGUGGAAGGAUGCCACCUCAUACUCCAGGUCCAGACUCCAUGUGUGCCAGAGGAUCUGAGGGGUGGAGGGGAUGGUGGGUGGAGGAGCUGCACCAUGGAGGAGCCCUUCUCGUCAGGAGGUGGGCGCGGAGAAGGCUGCUUCUUCCCGGGACUCAGCCAUCUGUUGUGAUGAAAAGAGGCAUGGAGGGGAGAGAGAGAGAGUGAGAGAGAGAGAGGGAUUAACUGGUCCAGUGUGUGUGGGUUGGGGAGUUUGAGGUUUGGGAUGGAUGAUUGGGGUCGUGAUGAGACUCAGUCUUGGAUUGUUCUCACCAAGCCUCUUUUCAUGAACUUUUGCUGCACAUGUUUUGCAGAAAUGUACUGAUUUGAAAGCCAUAGCUAUUUACCAACAGGAGGUGAGUGGAGGCAGAUCCACUCUGUGCAUGCCUUCGGGGGUACUGGCAGUCCACGCCACAUAGGACUGUGUUUACCUUGUGCUUUGAAGUGCACAUACUUCACAUCAUACACAUGGUCAUACAGCAUAACUCAGUAAUCUUGCUACAUUUCAUGAAAACAAUAUCUGUUCUGUAUCAAUUGUAGUAUAUAAUCACACACACUUGUCUGUUAGGUCUAUAUUAUACUCACUUCCCCAGGAUGAAACAUCAAAGCUUGUCUUUCUUUUAAACAACAUUUGUAAAAGCCCAUUUUGUUUAUGUAAUUGCAUGUUGUCAAUCGCUCCUCAUUGGACGUUGUUUCCUGCAUUGGGGGCUUUGCACAUUCCGAACGUUCAGGACGAAGCUCUGUUUCAUUCGCUGUCAGAGAGGCAGCAGGGCUGCAGUUGGAAAGUCCGUCAUUUUCCGCUGCAGACUGAAGAGAUGUUCGACUGGUGUGCCAUACUGUGAUGCACAGCUGCACGGGCUGACACAUAAUAGUGAAGUCAUAAUAGUGAAAUAGGAUUCCAGUAUCCAGAACUCUGAUUGGUUUACAUGUGUUGCUUAUUUGGAUGAGGAAGUGGUUUCUCCUUGAAACCAUGAAUUACGCAAUUAGCAUCCAAAAGGAAACAUUGAAAACCUGGGCCAACACCUUCUAACCAACUUUCCAAACUAUGUUUUGUAAUGUAGCCUAUGAGCCAGAUUUUAAAUCGAUUUUUUCCAAGGUUCUGCCUAACUUCAGAAAUCUGACAUUGACCAUCUAGACCACAGACAGUUCAGAUGCUACUUCAGCGUUAAUGAGGUGAAGGGGCAGAGAUUGUUUCGUCACACCACACUCGAUCCAGAGAAGCAAAGUAGGUGUCAUGCUGCGAGAUUUGGGCAUGUCCGGAGCUGCCGCACACUGGCCUGCGUUUUAACGCACACGCGCCCUGUGAAUCCCUUCUCAGUCAGAGUCACGUAAAAGGGUUUGCUCAUCUGACACUUUGCUUACUCUGAAAAAUCCAAAUUAAAAAAAAUCUUAUUACUUAGAGAAAUUGUUUACAGUUUCAUCAUACGUUUGUUUAUGAAUCAUCUAAAUGUGUAGAUAUUGUUCGGUUUUUACACACAACACAGUCUUAUUGCUGUGACACUUCAAUCUAAUAACUAAUAAUAGCCAAUAAUACCAUACAAGAUGUGUCCCAAUUGUGUGAAAUUUGUAUUGUAUUUUCCUAUGAAUUCCAUCAGUUAACAAACAACUAAUAAGCUCUUAUUGUAAAUAACAUGGAAACAUUGAAAUGAAAUGUAUUUAAAAACAAUUGUAUAUCAUGUACAUAUUAUAAUGGGAGGCUGUUGGGACCGGCACCUUGAAAUGCAGGCACUGAUAUCUGCAGCAGAUGCAGACGUAGCGUGUGAAGCUCUUUUCACGUCACCAAAGUGCUUGCAUGUGCUAAAUAUAUUUUACAUCUCUAGUUUUGUCAACCUAUUUGCAUUUUUUUCUGCAUAUACAGUAUAUCAAGAUUGCCAUAGAGAAAUAUUGCUAUUAAAUUAUUUUCAAAACCCAUUUAAGUGUUUGGUUCUGGAUUUGCUUUCUGGAAGCAUACCUGCUGAGGUGCAGACUGUGCUGUUACUGUGGG